AUUUGUGUGGAAGCGAAGGUGGUUGAUGAAAUGUUCAAGAACCAGAAAUGUUGCCAUUCGUUUUGUUCUGAAUGUGUAACAAAACACGUGGCAACAAAAAUCAUUCAUUCAUCUUACAGUACUACAUACAUAGAAGAUUGUCAUGUUGUACUAGUCUAGAUUAUAUCAUCCAAAAGAUUUGCUUCUUAUUCAUUAUUCAAACAUUUAUUUUAUUUUUCUGACAUUUUUCUCAGUGAAACAGAGGUGUACUACAUACAUAGAGAUUUGAACAAAUGAAAUAUAAAUUGUAGAUUGAAUAUAAUGAAUGAAUGAAUGCAUUGAUGCAGAGUUUUGAUGCUUAUGGAAAUGACAACACCAAGUCUGGUUUUUGGGGUGUAUUGGCUCAUAAAGCCAAAUCAAUUCUGGAUGAUAAAAAUUCAGCUCCUCCUCCACAACAUGACACCAUGCCAUUGCCACAAACACUCAAAUCACACUCAUUUAAUACCUUUACUAGUCCGUUUUCAACUCAGCCAUUGUAUCAAUCUCCUGACUCUAAUAAAAAAAUGGACAAUCCUACAAUUAGAAAGGGAUUGGAUGCAAUCAAAUCUUCUCUCAAUCACUUAGGUGACACAUUUGAGAAGGCUUUUGAGGACAGCAAAACAAUUGUGGAGAGUAAGACAGCAGAUCUGAGAUCUCAAAUAAGGCGAAAAAGGAAAUGGACCGGAGGACAUAAACCAAGCUUCAGAUGUGAGGAAUCCAUGGCCGCAAUCCGAUCUGACAAAGUCUCAUUCUCGCCACUAAACACAACUCAAGGCAUCACGCGACGUAAGGUGGCAAUGGCAACAGCUGCAAAAGCAAAAUUACUUCUUCGUGAGCUAAAGACCGUUAAAGCAGAUUUGGCAUUUGCUAAAAGAUGUAUCUGCACUUGUUCAAGACUCUGCACUUGUUAUCAAAAGCAAACAAUAUAUUUCAUUCAUCUUUAUUAAAUAUAAUUUUAGUUCUUGUUGGAGUGGCUA